CAUGACCAACUGCCCAACGCUCAUUGUCAUGGUAGGCCUGCCCGCUAGGGGCAAGACCUACAUCUCUAAGAAGCUGACUCGCUACCUGAACUGGAUUGGCGUGCCCACUCGCGAAUUCAACGUAGGCCAGUAUCGCCGGGACAUGGUCAAGACAUACAAGUCUUUCGAGUUCUUCCUUCCAGACAACGAAGAGGGCCUAAAAAUCAGGAAGCAGUGUGCGCUGGCAGCCCUCCGUGAUGUCCGGCGGUUUCUCAGUGAGGAGGGGGGCCACGUGGCGGUCUUUGAUGCAACGAAUACCACCCGAGAGCGGAGAGCGACCAUCUUUAAUUUUGGGGAACAGAAUGGCUACAAGACCUUUUUUGUGGAGUCCAUCUGUGUGGAUCCUGAGGUCAUAGCUGCUAACAUUGUGCAAGUGAAACUGGGCAGCCCUGACUAUGUGAACCACGGUAGUGACGAGGCCACGGAAGAUUUCAUGCGGCGCAUUGAGUGCUAUGAGAAUUCGUACGAGUCGCUGGAUGAGGACCUGGACAGGGAUCUGUCCUACAUCAAGAUCAUGGACGUGGGACAGAGCUAUGUGGUGAACCGGGUGGCUGAUCACAUCCAGAGCCGCAUCGUGUAUUACCUCAUGAACAUCCACGUGACCCCCCGCUCGAUCUACCUCUGCCGGCACGGGGAAAGUGAGCUCAAUCUCAAGGGCCGGAUUGGCGGGGACCCGGGACUGUCCCCCCGGGGCAGGGAGUUUGCCAGGAGUCUGGCCCAGUUCAUCCGUGAUCAGAACAUCAAGGACCUGAAGGUCUGGACGAGCCAGAUGAAGAGGACCAUCCAGACAGCCGAGGCCCUGGGUGUGCCUUAUGAGCAGUGGAAGGUCCUCAACGAGAUCGAUGCGGUAAUCACCUGCCCUUUGCUGUCCUCCCAGUGCCCCUGCCCUCUGCUGCUUAGUGCUCCCAGUCCCCGCCCUCCGCUGAUCAGUGCUCCCAAUCCCUGCCCUCCCCUGCCCGGUGCUCCUGGGCCCCCACUGAGCUCAGCCAGCGCGACUGUGCUGAGAACCCGGGGCAGCUCUCUUCUUCACUUUUCUUCAGUUUUUUAGGGAUUGGAUUCCCACACCCCCGCGUCUUUCCUUCCUUCCCUUCUUUUGAAUUUAACUAUCUCCACCAACCAGAAUUUCUUUUGGCAUUCCAACAUAAGCCUUAAAACUGAUUUCUCCCCGGUUAACUCACUACUUAUAACCACCAUCUAUCUUUUCCCUGUUGAUUUAUUUCACCUACUUUUAUAUUAAGUAUGAUUUACAGUAUCACACUGUUUUAAUUAUGGCAGCUUUUUACUCUGUUUCUUGGCCAUUU